AUGGAUGAAUUAGUGGCACAAUCUCCAGAACAACAGAUAAUUACAAGCGCGCCCGUAACUUCUGCAAUUCCAACAACAGAUGAUAAUGAUGUGGGAAUAAUAUCAAACUGGCAAUCUAAAAUAAAUACAAAUGCUGAGCCUAAAGAGAUUAUUUUACCGUCAGCAAUAUCGACGAUGACUAGUACGACACCACUGGAUUUACAAACAGAUAAUCCUUUGGAGCUUUUCAUAUGUCCAACAUUCUGUGAAACUUUGGCAAUUUCGCCUGCUGAAACGCCAUAUGCACCAAUCGGCGCUUUGAUUCCAUCAGUAUUGAAGCAAGUAAAACACGUUGACACUGAAAUUGAGGUAAAAGAACCCGGACAACAGUCUGCUGUUGAUCAACAACACAGCACAAAAGAUCUUUCGACCUUUUCAAGAAAUUUGGAACAGGUUUCCAAGCCAGCUUCAGUGACCAUAUCAACAUCGAUAGUACCGAUAGACGAGAAACCUGUGAAAAAUGCACGGGAGGACGGAAGUGAUUUCGUUUUUUACAAGUGUCGUUUCUGUGGACUUACUUAUAACUAUCUAACAACGUUGCGGGCUCAUGAACGAGUACACAAUAUCGAUGAGCCUUACAAGUGUAAUCGUUGUUCGGAAUCAUUUCAUUAUAUGUGUGAAUUGGACUACCACGCCAAACAGCACAGCGAUUUGAAAGGUUACAAGUGUGAGUGUGGCAGAACAUUUCAUUCUUACACCGAUUUGCUGUAUCAUAAACAUCCAGGUGAUGAGGAUAAAGAAUCAAUCACUACAACGGCACCCAUUGCUGCAAAAUCUGCUCCGCCUAUUCCAGAAAGUGAUUUUCCUAUUCCAAAAUUCAUUGAGGAAGGAUUUGAACCAAAGCAUCCUCUGAAAGUUUAUUCCGAUGUGCGACUUAAUCCAUACAUUUGUCAAUAUUGUUCGAAAAGUUAUCCAAACAGUCGUAUGUUAGCAUAUCACAUGUAUGGACAUCGAGGUGAAAAGAUAUUCAACCCUCGUGUUUCAAGAUACCUAAUGGCACGUACCGAGAACUCCUACAUCAGUCCAAGAUCUUAA